GGUCAAAUUGACCAUGAAGAUAAAAAUGGUUUCCGAUCAAUAACUUAACACGCCCUGGGAUGUUUGCCCUCAGACUUCGUAGGUGCAUUAGAGUUAGGCAGUAGAUGACCCCACUUUAUUUUUGUAUCAGGGUUCAAAGGUCAAGGUCAUAUUGCCCUUGUACGUAAAACCUUUUCUGAUCAAUAACUUGACAAGCCAUGAGCUGUUCGCCCACAUGAUUCAUACAAUUUAUGCAUAUAUUAUUUGGUAAGAUUUGUGAUAACUUUGUCAUAAAAUUGCUACACAAAAUUAACGGUCACAAUUACCUAGUGACUAGUCAUGACCAGUAGAUAACCCUUAUUGAUUUUUUUGGUCACUAGGUUAAAAGUUAUUCAUAAUAACCUGACCACAUAACUUAGUGGCUGCCGAUAGGGGGCAUACAUGUUUAACAAAUAUAUCUUGUUUUACAUUUAUUUUUCGAAAUUUUGAUCUAAACUUCAAAUUUCUCGGAAUAUUAUUCAGUAUUCAGUUAAAAUCAUUUCAUAACAGUUAUUUCUGUAUAUAGUUUUUUUUAUUAGUGAUAAAAAUCCGUGUGCACGUUUAAAAUGAAAUACCAAACAAGUCAUCUAAAUAACUUUGAAUAAAAAAAAAUCUAUUGUCAAUUUUAACAUAUUUAGUUUUAGCUUCAGGUACAAGGCUUGAUGAUGGGUCCUCUCAAAGCAUAUUACCAAGAAAAAUAGACAAGUUGGAUAAGAAUUCCGGCAAUGGAUGCGACAACGAAUUACGGGAAAAAAUGGUAAACGUGUCUGUCAGUCAAAGCCGCAGGUGGUCUCCAAAUGAUUUGGAAAUUUUCCAAUAUCCCAUGUGCUUGAUCAGCGCCAUAAGUGAAACAAACGAAAAAGGAGAAGAAACUAAAAUACUUUUAGAGAGCCAGGAAAAUGCAUUUGAUCAAAUAGCAAAGAUUGAUUGGCCAAUGGUUGUUGUAGCCGUCGCAGGUUUGUACAGAACUGGAAAAUCGUAUCUAAUGAAUCGUCUGGCGGAGUCCAGCAAAGGUUUUGCGCUGGGAGAUACAAUUGAAUCAAAAACCAAGGGCAUUUGGGCAUGGUGUAAAAUACAUCCCAAAAUGUCGAACACUGUUUUGCUGCUUCUUGAUACCGAAGGACUUGGUGAUGUUGACAAGGGUGACCCCAGUCAUGACAACAAGAUUUUUACCCUAGCGACACUCCUUUCCAACUGUUUAGUUUACAACAUGAAGGGCGCUUUUGAUAACGAUGCCGUCUCUAAACUCACAUUUGUAACAGAAAUGGCAAGUAAUAUAAGAUUUCGUGGACAAUCGUCUGAGGAUAACCAAUCGAUCAAUCUAAUACUUCCUGACUUCGUUCUCUGUUUGAGAGAUUUCAGUCUUAAAUUGAUAAAGGAUGGAAAAAAGAUAACAGAAAACGAUUAUCUUGAGCAAAGUUUAGCGGAGAAAAAAAGCAAAGCAGACCAGUUCAACAAACCAAGAGCAUGCAUCAGAAAAUACUUUUCGAGACGCCAGUGCUUUGCUUUUCCAGUUCCGGGUGAUGGUGAAGUUCUUGAGAAUCUUGAAACGUUGAGUUUUUACCAGUUAUCUACAAGAUUCAAGGAAGUAACUAAUCGAUUUACAUCCUAUAUAUACAAAAUACCACCGAAGAAAUUGCUUGCAAGUAAACCAAUAAAUGGACAAAUGUUCGUAACAUUGGCUGACCAAUACGUCAAAGCAAUCAAAGACGGUGAUGUUCCAGAUGUCGAUGACGCAUUUACAGCUGUAGCGAAAAUAGAAAAUGCUAAAAUUGAAAAAGAGGCUCUAGAUUUGUUUGAAAAUGAAAUGAAAAAAGUAAUGCUGCCAGUCUCUGAAAGCGAUUUGGGGAAACGUUACACAAGCGCACAAACGAAAGCUCUUGAUUAUGUUCGACAGAAUGUUGUUAAUGAUUUUCAAGCAAAAUGUCUAUUUCAAGCUCAGAGGAAAAUGGAUGCAAUUUGGUACGAGAUAAAAUCAACUAAUGAGCAAAAAGUUCGAGAAAAAUGUGAGAAUACAAUGCAAAAUUUGUUUGUCAAAUACCUUGAAAAGAGUCUAGAAAAUCGAGAUUAUGAAACAGCAGGUGGUCAUGAAAUAUAUAAGCGUGAUGUUGAGAAAGCAAAAGAUAAAUAUUUCAGUAUUCUCAAAGACUUCAAGGAGAACGAGAUUUUAUCUACAUGGUACAGAUUUGUAGAAAGUAUGACCAAACCUGAAGAAAAAAUAAUUGAAGCUGAUAAAAACAUCUCACAGAAAGAGAAAGAAGCCGAGCAAAAGCAAAACCAAGAAAAACUUGACAUAUUAUGGAAGCAACGACAAAAAGCUCAAGAAGAUGAGUCAGAAAAACAGAUGAAAUACUUAGAAGAUCAUUACAAAAAGCUAGAUAAAGAUCGUCGUGAACAGCAAGCAGUAGAUGAAGAAAAGUAUGAAGCAUUUUUGAAAGAUAGGUUGGAAAAAGAAGCAGCACAAAGGGAAGUCGAACGCUACAAACUUGAACAAGAAGCUGCAGAAAAAGAAGCUGCACGCUAUAGAAAGGAACAAGACAACGCUCGUGAGGAAGCCGCGCGUUUAAAAAAGGAAAAAGAAGAGAGACAGCAACAGUGGAUGGUUACAAGAGUGUGGAAUGCGUUCUGGAAUAUGUAAGCCAUACACAAUUUGUUUUCGUGGUCACACUGCGAACGUUUCCGAUUAAGUAGUUACACACAUGUUUUAUGUAGUCAAAUGGUGCGAUAUCCAUUUAAUAUAACUUUACUUUGCACUGUGUCAUAAUUAUAAAGAGGAUUUCAUUGUAUCGAGCUCAUAUUUGAUUAUAAAAAUGAUAACUUUAAAAUCAUAGAUAAAUCGACAUUAUAUCUCACAUAUUAUUCAAUAUAUCUUUAAUAUACGAGUUCCGUCCUGCACAAACGGAUAGUAGAUUUUCGAAAUCAAAUCAUAUUCUUCUUUCAAUAUUUUGAAUUCUGUCUGCUGUUCGUUUUAAACUUUACAAUUUAAUUAGAAAUAAUUCAAAAUGAAAAGGAUGAUUAUAUCUUUGCUUAAAUGAUAGGAUGUUACUUUAGAUUACGAUUAAAAAAAAAACAAUACAGUUUUAUCAAUAAUCAAUGGCCAAUUGCUUGACUGUUUUCUUUUGUCUGUUUAGACAUUUAGAUAUAUAUUUCUUAAAUUACAAUAAAUACAUUGUGAAAUUUGUUCAAAGAAGCAUGAUAAAUGUAACAUACAAAAUAUAUAUUCCUUAUUGUUAAAACUAUAUAAGAAUAAAAUUUACCUAAUAAGU